CUGCUGAACCCACAACAACCACGGCUGAGGCCACAACGACAACAGCUGAACCCACAACAUCAACAGCUGAACCCACAACAACAAUAGCUGAACCAACAACAACAACAGCUGAAUCGACAACAACCGCUAAACCAACAACAACUAGUGAACCAACAACCACGGCUGAGGCCACAACAACAACGGCUGAGGCCACAACAGCUGAGCCAACAACAACAACUGCUGAACUCACAACAACAACUGCUGAACUCACAACAACCACGGCUGAGGCCACAACAACAACUGAACCAACCACAACAGCUGAACCCACAACAACAGCUGCUGAACCCACAACAACUACUGAACCAACAACAACUGCUGAACCAACAACAACUACUGAACCAAUAACAACAGCUGAACCCACAACAACAGCAGAAUCCACAACAACAACACUUGAACCCACAACAACAACAGUUCAACCCACAACAACCACGGCUGAACCCACAACAACAACAGCUGCUGAACCCACGACAAUAACAUCUGAACCCACAACAACUACUGAACCAACAACAACUGCUGAACCCACAACAACAACAGCUGCUGAACCCACAACAACAACAACUGAACCCACAACAACUAUUGAACCAACGACAACAAUCAGGAGCUAAGGAGUCCAAAGAGGAGAGGAGCUGCCAGGAGUCCGGGUCAGGUGUUGGAGCCGAUGAAGAGGGGAAGGAGGUGGAAUUAGUAACUGAGAAAUCACCAAAUUAG